AUGCUUUCAAAAAUAUUAAAACUAAAAUAUUCCACAGGUCCAGGACUUUCUCAAUUAAAAUAAUAAUUAACGGCUCCCAUAAAGCAUAUAAAACGUACAUUAGAGCCCACUGGUUAAAACUAUUCCCGUUUGACAAAUACUACCGAAGAAGCUUUCGAUGAAGUUGCCCAUGAAUGGCAAGCCUUAGUAGCCCAUAAUCCAUUCGACAUAAACGUAUUUAAUUACUUAGAAAACACCUAAUCUUCUAACUUUGGUACUGUAGAUAAUCCUUUAGUAGUUUUUACAUCAGAAACGCCUUUUAGAUAUGUCGGAUGUACAGGAUAGAUGAAUGAAGAUGAUUACGAAGGACACGAAUUGAUGUAUUUUAUGUUAAGAGAAGGUCCUAUGUAGAGAUGUAUGGGAUGUGGGCAGGUAUUUAAAUUAGUAAGACUUAGAAAUGAAUUUUCACCGGAAAUGGAUUAUUAUUUAUCGAAUUUUCACCCUUAUGACUCUAUAGAAAUGGGAGAAAGUGAUACUACUGUAAUGAUGAGUCCUUGGAAAUAUUCAAGCCAUUAUGAGUAUUCUUAAUUCGAGACUCCUUCGAAUAAUGUAUAUUCGAUGAUUAAUCCAGAUGAACAUGAUAGAAUUUUAGUAGAUCCUGCUUUUAGGUUAGAAAGAACAAAAAAAUUAGAGGAAAAACUAAAAGUUUAUACAGGCAGUUUGAGGGAAGUGGAGAGGAAAUUCGAAGAAAAAUACGGAUAAGGAGUGAAUUUAAUCCCUUUAUCAAAGACUACUUACGAAACUAUGAUUGACGUUGAAUUAGCGAUAAAAAAAUUAGAUAGAAAUUUCAGGAAAGUAGCUAGAUUUUAAAAUAGAUAGUUUUUAGACAGGGAAAAUCAUGAGAGAAGGGAAAAGAGAAUGAAAGAAAAAGAAAGGGAAAGAUGGGAUGAAAAUUAUGCGUUUUAUACUGGAAAUUUAACUGAGGAAGAAUAAAAAUAUAGAGAUUAUUAUAUGACUGAGUUAGAAAAUUACCCAGAAGAUGAAGUUUAGGAAGGACUUUUAGAUAAAUAGGAAAUUUUAUAAUAAGAAGGAAGAUAUAAAUUAAGCAAAUAUGAUUUUUAAGAAUAAUAUACUAGAAAUGCAGAAGAUGAUUAAAGCUCUAGUUUAUAAAAGAAAAUAUUUAGCUUCAAAUAUAGAAUGGCUGCGGAUUCUUUGGAAGAUUUCUAAAGGAAAAAUACCAGAAUGAUUCAGAGAUAAAUUGAAAGAUACGAUAAAAAUUAAGAAUAUAUGGGAGUUUUAUAAGCUUUAGCGAAUAGGUCGUUGGAUAAAAACUGGAAUGGAGUAUAAGAUGGAUUAGAUAUGAAAUAUCUAGAUAUAGUAGUGUAAGAAAGUGCUCUUUUGCAUAAUGAUUAUUAUGAAAGUGAAGGUGAAGAUAUGAAAAUUAAUAUAGAAAAUGUGUCUAGUGUAGAAAAAUAGGCUUUAGUAUCCAAUUAUGAGAAUUUCUUGGCUCCAAAAAUAAAUUAAGGAAGCUUUUAGUUGAUUCCGAAAAGAUAAUGGGAAAAUGCGUUUGGAGUUUGGGAAAAUAUGGUGAUGGAAUUAUAGGAUUAUUAAUAAGUUAUUUAACCUAAAUCUAGUUAAUUUGCUGUAUAAUAUUAGAUUUAAUAAUAAAUGCCUUUAGGUAAGUAAGAAUUAGUUGAAGCAGGGCUUUUAGUUGAUGAGAAAAAUAAAGAAAAUUGA